AUGGCGGGCUCGGCGGUGCUCAAGGGGACUCCUGGGGGGUUGGGCCCCGCGGAGCCCGAAGACGCGCGCGGCGGGCCCUGCUCAGAGCACGGCGACCGCGUGGUUGAGCUCUUCUGCCGCCGCUGCCGCCGCUGCGUGUGCGCGCUCUGCCCGGUGCUGGGCACCCACCGCGGCCACCCGGUCGGCCUGGCUCUGGAUGAGGCGGCGCGCGUGCAGAAAUUCACCCAAGAGUGUUUAAAGCAUUUGGCGACCAAGAAGCAGCAGCAAGUUGACAACAUAACCCAGAUAGAAGAUGCUGCUGAGAAGCUCAAGGCUCAUGCAGAGUCAAGUAAAACCUGGCUGACCGGGAAAUUUACUGAACUCAGAUUACUACUUGAAGAAGAGGAAGCUCUGGCCAAGAAAUUCAUUGAUAAAAACACACAGCUUGCCCUGCAGGCGUACACGGAGCAAAUCAAGUCCUGUGGGGAACAAAUUGAUGUCAUGAACACUCUGUCCAGCAGGGUCUGGACGAUCAGCCAAGAAACUAAUCCCGCACAGCUGCUGCAGGAGUACACGGCCGCUGAGCAGCAGGUACAGCAGCAGAUGAGCCUGGGGGAGCUGUGCCACCCCGUGCCCCACUCUUUCGAGCCUGUCAAGAGCUUCUUUAAGGGCCUCGUGGAAGCCAUGCAGAGCCUGCUGCAGACGCCGCUGGAUGUCCGCCUUAAGGAGAGUAGGAACUGUCAGCUCUCGGGCUCCUCCUGCAUACAGCCAGGUUCCUUGUUGAAAACAAGCCCUUCACCAGAGCGAUCACUCUUCUUAAAAUACGCGCGCACGCCCUGUCUGGAUCCGGACACGAUGCACGCGCGCUUGCGCCUUUCUUCUGACCUCCUGACGGUGCGCUGCGGACUCCUCGGCCGCCUGGGACCCACUCCCGCGCUGCGUUUCGACGCGCUGUGGCAGGUGCUGGGCCGCGACUGCUUCGCCGCCGGCCGCCACUACUGGGAAGUGGACGUGCAGGAGGCGGGCGUCGGCUGGUGGGUGGGCGCGGCCUACGGCUCCCUGCGGCGCCGCGGGGCCUCGGACGCCGCCCGCCUGGGCUGCAACCGGCAGUCCUGGUGCCUCAAACGCUAUGACCUCGAGUACUGGGCCUUUCACGACGGCCAGCGCAGCCGCCUGCGGCCCCGCCACGACCCUGAUCGACUCGGCGUCUUCCUGGAUUACGAGGCCGGCGUCCUGGCCUUCUACGAUGUGACGGGCGGCAUGAGCCACCUACACACCUUCCGGGCCGCCUUCCAGGAGCCGCUCUACCCGGCCCUGCGGCUCUGGGAAGGGGCCAUCAGCAUCUCCCGGCUGCCCUAG